AAAGCAAAUAUAGUCAAACUGUGUAUUGAAGAAAAGAUUACCUAAUGAAAUCAACUUUAAACUAUGUUUUGGAAUGCGACACAAGAAGUAUCAGAAGUUAACAAUCCGUGGAUUCAACUUCCAUACACAAUUAUUCAGUACAUUGUGCUCAUCUUAAGUAUAUUAGGCAACUCUCUACUUAUUGUUACACUCGUUCGCAUAAGAAAAUUAAAAAAAUUUGUUGAUAAGUUGAUUUUUAACUUGGGAGCGUGCAAUCUACUUAUGGUAGUUGUUUCAAUCCCAGCUGAUAUUUUGCUUCGAGCAUCCGAUAAUUUUCCGUUUGGUCUAUUUGGUUGUAAAAUUAUUAACCCAAUUUCUACAUAUGCUGUUAACACAGGAGUUUUCACAUUAAUGGUAAUAGCAUUUGAACGCUGGAAAGUGGUGGCCCAACCUUUUGGGUUAGUCAAUAAGGGACUGAGAGCAGCUCUAAUUAUAGUGACAAUUCAUGGGUGCGGUCUUGGCAGCAUAAUACCGUAUAUGUUUACUUUACGUCUUAAACUUAAAGAAGGCAAAAUAAUUUGCGAAGAAGCAUGGUCUAAUGACUCUGCGCGCGUAUAUACAGUUGUCCUAUUUGCAGUACAGUAUGCUGUACCAGUACCUAUAAUGUUAGGAUUUUAUACAAAAGCUUGGUUAAUAGUACAAAAUAUGAACAUAACAAUUGUAAAGCCACAUUCUGCACCAUCGGAGAUGUCGAUACGUAACGAGAGAAGUUCAAUUAGUAUUUUUACAAAAUGUGGACUUAAUCAUGCUAGUGUUUUGUACAAGAUUCAAGAAAACUUAAUGAAUAAAAAAAUGGAGAAAUUAUAUCAUUUGCCCCUUCCUCCAAUGCAAAAACGAAAUUCGGAUGCCUUAAGCAAAUUAAGAGGUUCAAAUUUAUUUGUUCACGACUUAGCUUCUUUUAGAAACAGCUUCCAGGCAAACAAAGAUUACAUGCUACAAUGUAAAAUUAUUGAUCCAAAAAAAGCUAUAUAUUUUCCAAACAGUAUAGAAAGUCAAUUUUCGAAUAAAAUGCCUAAUGAAAAGAAUGACGAAAAUAUACGAAGAUUUAGUCUUGGUUACCCAAAAUUUGCCAAACUUUCUCUGAGAAGAUUUUCUUUAAAUGACAAAGAUUUUUUUAAAGAAAAAAAAAGUCCACUGAAAAUGCAAAAUGAUGGCUCAAAUCUUAAACAAAACACAAAAUCUAGAUCAAAUCAAAUACUAUCAAGUUGUAUCUUUCCAAAUAUUUUAAUAGAACCCAGUGCAUUACAACACAAAGCAUUACAACAACGAUUUCGUCAGAGUAGAGACUUAUUAAAAACGUUUACUGUUGUAGUUACGGUUUUUGUCAUAUUCAUGCUUCCUAAUCAAAUCUAUUGGAUGACUUUGUAUUUUAGUCAUAUAUCACAAAAUGAAAGUGCUGUUAAUAUUGUGUAUAUCCUUACGUAUGCUAAUUGUGUUUUUAACCCUUGGAUAUACGGGGGGUUAAAUCGAACAUUUCGGAAAGAUUUCAAAUAUUUGCUUUUGCGAAUUUCAAUACUACUGAAAUUAAGAAAAACAUAGUUACGAGUAUUUUGAAAAUAUUUUUAUUUUUUAA